AUGGAUUUCCAAAACGAAGAAAAUAUCAAAUUGUUCCAAUUGUUCAAAAAUGAGCUGACCAAUACAAGUCGACAGCGGCUUAGAGCCAUUCAUAUGAGUUUGAGAAGAUAUGGGUCUGUAGAACUGCGAAUCAGUCUGAAGGAUUUACAGCAUGCUUUCGAGGGUAAUCGUAGAGAAAUAAUUUUAGUCCGUCUUGAAAAUUUUCUCCUUCAAAGAGAAGUAUAUUUUGAUAUUGCGGGUGUACAGGAAGCAUUUGAUAAUUUAGAUCCCGAUAAAAGUGGAAAAAUCCAAAAAGACUUGGUUCUGCAGUAUUGUACGGAAAUAAAGUUACCGGUUUAUGGUGCAUUAUUAAAACUAUUGAUUAACUUCUGCAGCGAUGGAAAGAAUAAUUGCUGCUGGCCAGAUUUCAUACAGAUUCUAAAGAGAUCACAAGAGCAAGCGUUGAAGAAAAAUCCGGCGCUUUCCCAAAUACAAAAUAAUGCAAAGGAGAAGAAUGUUGCCAAUCCAGAUGUGGUUGAUGAAUUAUCAAGCAGUGCUAAAACCAAAAUUGUUUCUCAACUGAUCAGAAAGGCAACAAUACAAAGGGAAAAGACUGUCAUAGCAAAUCAACGGAAAGCAGAUCUGAACGAGAUGACAGCAAAAGAGAAUGAAAUAAACAGCUCAGAUUAUCCAGAAACUGAAAAGAUGCAAUUCAAUGUGAAUGGAAAGUUAUUGACAGUCAACCGACCUGAAGGGUUAAGCGAAUCAGUUGGCUUCAUAGACUAUCCCAGGGAGAGUAUGCAGUUGGAAUGGGUGUAUGGUUAUAGAGGUAACGACUGUAGAAAUAACAUUUACGUAUCAGAUGGUAAAGAUAUCGUGUAUUUCAUCUCCAAUAUAGUAGUGUUGUACAGAAGAAGUUCACACACUCAAAGGCACUACACAGAACACACUUCAGAAGUCAAGAGCAUCGCUAUUCACAACGACGGUCUUCUAGUCGCAUCUGGACAACAAUGCUCAAAAGAGAAUAAAGAAAUUCAGGCACAUAUUCGAAUUUGGAGAGCUGAUAAUUUACAAACACUACGUGUAAUUGGUGAUGGUAUUUUUCAAAAGGCUGUGAUAAUUAUAUCUUUUCAAGAGAAUCAGGAUGUACUUGGAACUGUAGAUAACGGAACAGAAAAGAGGUUGUCGAUUUGGAAUACUAAUGGUGGUUUUCAGAUUGCAUCUGUUAUGAUACAAGUCGACGUAAUAUGUGAUAUAAGUUUUAAUGCCAAAUACCCUGAAAUGGUAGUAACUGUGGGUAAAGAACAUCAUGCAUGGUGGAAAAUAGAUGCAAAUACUAUCCUGCCAUAUUCACAAGCAAAUUAUGAAGUUGGUAUAUUUUUUCAUAUCCAUAUACAAAUACCUUAUCAGAAAUAUUCAUAUGAUAACAAUCUGAGAGCUAAAUUUGUAAUAUGUGCCUGUCAUAAUGAAAAUGGCGAUCUUAUAACAGGCGACUCGAAUGGUACCAUAUAUAUCUGGGGGAACGGUGGCAAUAAAGUAACGAACUUUGUCAAACACGGCCAUGAUGGACCAAUAUUCACAUUGUUGAUGCUGAAGAACAACUUGUUUACUGGAGGAAGAGAUGGUUAUUUAUGCUGCUGGGAAUGGUCUAAAAAUAUGGACAGUAUGUGGCAAGUAGAGGUGACCAAAACUGAAGGUGGAAUACGAAUGAUUCAAAUAUUUGAAGAUUUACUUCUGAUUGGAACCACUAUGAAUUCAAUCUUAAUGACAAACAAAGUUCGCAAUAAUCUGGUCGAAAAUUCACCGGAAAUGGACACUUUACCAAUUACACAGGGCCAUUUUGACAACGUAAAGGGAUUGUGUCCAAUUUUAAGAUCAUUUUUAGAUGCUGAUUUUUUGACAGCUGGUACAGAUGGGAUCAUAUGUAAAUUUAAUGCAAGCGCCCAUGAACCCGCGUGGAAAUUAGUGAUGAAGGGAUCAACUUUUCUGUGCUCAGAUUGUGGUACCAAUGGAAAACUUCUUUGUCUUGGAACACAAGAUGGACAUUUGGUCAUAAUGGAAAUGAAUGCAGAUAACUUCUCUGUAAAUGAACUUCUACAUAGAAAAAUAUCACAAGAUCAGCUUGCUGCAGUGGCCUUGUCGCCUGAUGAAAAGUAUAUAGCUGUAGGUGGUGGAGAACGUGCUGUCAUUGUUUAUGCCUAUAGAGACAAUGCAAAUGGUGUUGAAAGUUGGCAAUGUAUUGGAAAAUGCUGGGGUCAUAAGGGAAGUAUAACUGGAAUAGAUUGGAGUGCUGAAAAAAUCAACGGUUCACAUUAUAUACGCACUAGCUCUUCGUGUUUUGAGCAAUUUUUCUGUGUGUGGUGUUCACAAAAUUCAAAAGAAACAGAAAUUACCUGUUUGUCACUGAACUCGUCUAUGUCUUUAGUAGCAGUGGGAUAUUCAUCGGGGCAUAUUGGGUUAUUUCAAUACCCCUGUACUCAGAAAGCGUACUGCCACAUGUAUGUUAUAAUGAAGGUCCAUUCUCUGUGCUUUUCGUCUGAUGGGAAAUAUUUAAUAGCUGUUGGAGGCCCCGACUCUUGUAUUACCCAGUGGAAAAUUGUAGCUUAAUUCAUUUAAUAUGGAUGUGAUAGAUAUUCAGCUCACCUUGUUUUGACUGUCCGAUUAGUUUUGUAUGAAACAUCAAGUGCCAAGGUAAAGAGACGAGUUUAGUUGAUACGACCGCAGUGACGUUGUAUCCAUCAUGUGGAAGGUCUAUUCAAGGGAUUGUAAAGAAGUUUUUUAAAUUUUUUAUGUGCUUAAGAGACACUGAUAGCAUCAAUUUGUACCAUUCCAAUUUUCAAUCAGAACAUCUGAGCGUAUAGCAAUUCCGCUAAAAGUGAGUGUUUUAUGACUUCUUUACUUCCGAAAUAGUAAAUAGCAUUCGUUAAAUUAACUUAUGCUCGGAAGAUUUCUACUGAAGAACUCGAGCAGAUAAAAUUACCUCGAGUUUACGAAUUAUGACUUCAUAUGACGUAUAAGUGUGGGACACUGAAUCGUAUAUUGGACUAUGCAAAUAAAGUAUAUUUCUCUCUUG